CAUGGGAACUGGAUGCGUAUCAACUUUCGAACGUGUCAAGCUUAGGCCUAGCUUCGUCGUUCUGGGCGGAUACUUGGACGGAUCUGCGAACAAAUUCAUAUUAAUAUUCGAUUUAGAAAAGUGUACUUUGAAGAGAGCUAUAAAGCUCCCAAAUAAAGAUUCUACACCUUUAGUAGAUUUUGCAGUUUCUUGUACAGAUGAAGGACAUCUUUAUGUUACAGGGGGUCGUUAUGGAAGAUAUGGAGCGUUGUCAGAAGUUUGGAUGGUGGAUAUUAGGACUAAUUCGGAUAUAGCUGGUCAACCUUUUCAAAUGAUGCAAUCUGCUCAAAUGAAUAUUAUUCAGAGAAAGCAUUCGUCGUGCUAUUUGCAAACGGACGGAUAUGACUAUUUAUAUAUCGUUGGAGGGAAGAGAAGCCAUUCCCACUUUUUAGGAUGUUCUCGCUUUAAUAUUUUUCAAUUGAAAUGGGAGUCUUUACCUGCAUUUCCUAAUGAUUAUCCUACAGAAAAUGUUAAAUAUGUAUACUCGUUCAACUCAAAUUUAUAUGUCGUCUUUGAAACAUCUCUAAAAGAGGCAAGCGUACUUAAAUACAAAGCAGAAGAUGGCGUUAGUGGUGACUGGAUUGAGUUACAAUGGACAAUUCCUCUAGGUAGAAUGCAAAAAGUUAAGGAAACUUGGUACAUCCUCAGUACACCGUCGAAAACCAACACGAAAUUAUUUGCCUUCUAUCCAUCUAUUAGUCCUCAACAAGUUUCAAAAUUAUAUAGUCUACCUAAUUGUUGCGCAAUAGCCUCCUUUCAGGAUGAAUAUUUGUUCUUAUUAGCUGAAAAUAAGCUUUAUAGAUAUGAUAUUAUGCAAGAUGAUUUAUUAUUAUAUGGAAAUCUACCUUUUAUAUUCGAGGGUGACGAUGUUAACUUUUUCAUUACCGAUACUUAUUAA